AUGGAGAUCACAGGUGGUGGGAGUGUGAACCAGCUUGGAGGACAGUUUUUGAAUGGCAGACCUCUCCCAGAGUCCAAGAGAAGGAAAAUGAUCGAGCUGGCCUCAGAGGGAGUCCGUCCAAGCCAAAUAUCCCGGAUCCUUCGGGUGUCUAAUGGCUGCGUCAGCAAGAUCCUGAGUCGUUACCGCCGCACGGGACUCCUGGAGCCCAAGACCAUCGGCGGGAGCCGGCCUCGCCUCCUCACGCCCGGCGUCAUCUCCACAAUCAUCAAGUGCAAACGGGAAAACCCCACCAUCUUCGCCUGGGAAAUUCGAAAACGGCUUGCAGCUGCAAGAAUAUGCAAGGCCUCUAAAGUUCCCAGCGUAUCGUCCAUAAACAGGAUACUCAGGAAGAUCCACGUGGACCAUGGGCCCAUGUGCAUGGAGGUCAUCAGGACUGAGCAGGAUAUUUAUUCUCUGGUACAAGAUGAUCCAAACCAGCAACAGGUUUUUGAGACUGUGUGCAACAAUGACCAGAAAUCUAAGGAAGUCCAACAAAGAAAUCGCACCAGUUUCACCCCGGAGCAGAGCAGGGCCCUCGAACAAGAAUUCUUGCACAGCCCGUAUGCAGACAUGUACACCAGAGAGAGACUGUCUGCGGAAAUCAAACUUCCCGAGGAAACCAUCAAGGUCUGGUUUUCAAACAGACGGGCUAAAUGGAGGCGGGAAGUCAAGCAGAGAAGCGGCACACAAACCAAAGACCCUCAGGAGCAGCGGAACCCGGCUCCUGUGAAUCCAGCAGCACCCCAGAGCUUCACCUCCCCGCAGGCCACGGCGGCGUCGAGAGCCGACUGGGGAGACUCGAGUGGGAGGCUGCACAAUAGCUACUCCAGCCCUCCAGGAGCAGUUCUGGGGACUUUCGGAAGUCUGACAUCCGUCUCAACCCCGCCGUCGCUUCUUCAUCACUCGACCGACACGUUGGCUCGCAGCAUGAAUAAGGCUUUGCUGGAUCCUCACAGGGAGAGAUCCGCCUUCCCGCUGGGGCGCCAUCACACCGACGUGAGGACCGUUCUCCCUCUGGCUGCCAAGGCCGUCCGGGCAGACUGCGCCGUGGCUCAGCAGUGGAACUGGCAGGGAAUCCCUUUCACCUGGAGCCAGCUUCAAAUAAAUGAGAGGUUUUUGUUUGCCCAGGAUGUGAAUCAAUGUCACUACCUGGACUGA